CUUCAAGCUCUUGUUUGGACCCCCCUCGGAGUUUGCUCCUUGAAUAUAGAUCAUUUGUUUUCGUGUUGUGCUUUCAUUGGAUGUUUGAAUGGCAGUGACCAGAGCAACUGGUCACACCCGCCAUUCUGAUUGAAGGGCAUGACAAAAUGCUGCAUUGUCUGAGGCAACCCUCCUCAUCAGCCACCCUGAAUCUUCCUUCUUCCCCACCACCUCUGCAAGCGACUUCAACAGAGAAUACGCCAAGGUCAAGCACUCCACCAUCUCCCUCUGUCAACCUGACUCGAGAAUACACCCUUGCAGUUCAAACCAAUUCCUACAGCGAAAUAUGGUUACAGAUUCACCCCAACAACUGUUCUUACCAAGAAAUAGACCUAGAGCACUUGGAGGCCCAUGAAGACCAGCAGCGAUUAGCACAUCUCCUUCAACCAAACAGAGAGCAUGUCAAAGAGGCACUUCGCUAUGCCAGACCCAGCACCCUUACCCGUCUUGUUUCUGCCUACUUUGACCACAGUGAGCACACUUCCCAACUGUGCCUCCUCCUCCACCAAAGCGUUCUUCGAGCCCGCUCCGUCUAUGCUCCUUUGCAUGAUCUACUCGACGUGCUCCCUUCAGACUCUGAAUCUAUGACCCAAUCCCAGUGUGACCGAGCCUUUGAUGUCUUCCUUCAAUUUGACUGCCUUGACAACCCCUUCCCACCCCCCGACUCCCACAAUUUCAAUGACAUGCGCUCCUGCUUCUCUGAACUCAAGCAACAGCUCAACCGUCAUCUCUCCAAGUCCCACUCUAGGGUCCGCAUCCUCCACCGUGUCCCGUUGCUCCCUACAUUACUACCCUCCAAGAUGACCAAGAAAGAGCUGGCUCAUCUGUCACAACUUGAAGCAGCUGCCAGGGGCACUUAUGUCCUGCACAACGACCUAGACACCAUUGAUCGCCUGGUGGCUCGUCUUCAUACAGCGGUUGAGGGCGACAAGCUUCUCAUUCGGCUUGGUUUGGAGAGGGGAAGGGACAAGCAUCCCAUUCAGGAGGUAGUGAAGCAGCUUUGUAGGAACCAUGACAGUUUCUUCCACCAGCUCAUGGAUCUUGAGGAACACUUAUGCCUCUGCUUUACUGCAAUCAACCGGGCCAGGUCUCUCCUCCUUCAAGAGAUCCGUCUUCAUGAAACUCAGAGUUCCUAAAUUAUUUUCUUGGAUCUUUGAGUUAUUUUGUUACCUGUCACUAAUUCAGCACAAGGUUUUCAAAAUUUUUGACUGAUCCGCGGAGAAAAAACAAAAAUACUAUUUUGCCUAUGACCUUUUAACAAGCUCCUGCCGGGAUUACAAUCAUUAUAUCUAUACCAUUUUCUCUCUCCUGUCUCUGUAAUCAAUAAGGACUACAGUUCGUAGUUGCAAAAAGUGAAUUGCACUGGAGCAGAACAGAUACGUUUACAUUUAGAGGAAUCACUGUUACUUCAUCCCAAGUUUGGUAUUGUGAAAUAUUUCCUGCUAGUUGAUUUGCCUCUUAUCCUUGCUUGCUGAUAAAUUUCUUAUUUCUGUUAUCAAUGGCAUGAACAAAACUGUGAACUGCUCUCGGUAUAUUUUGUGAACUAAGGAUGAGCAGG